UUACUUAUUAAGUAUGUCAAAUAACAUUAGUGAAAGGUUUUGAAAAUAAUAAUUGUGAUGUUAAAGUGACCCACAUUUUAUCUAUGAUAUAUGCUGGUAUUUGAUUUGAAUUUUAUAGUCAUUAUGAAUAUUUUCCUCACCAUCACUAUGUGUAUUUUGAUGUUUUGAUAAGUAUGUCUUUGUAAUCCCAUGUCCCUGGCUCUGAUUAUUGAUCCUCAUUUGUGGAAACUGACAUGGGGCAUUCAGACACCUCCUAAACUAAGGUUUUUCAUUUGGCAGUGCCUAAGAGUAGUCCUACCAACGACAGUAGCGCUCCGUUCUCGUGGGAUUAAUUGUCUAAGGCGAUGUCCUGUUUGCUGGAGGAGCCGAGAGAGUAUAGAACAUUUGUUUUUUCAUUGCCCCCUUGCCAUUAUGUUAUGGUACUUUGUGGGAUUAAGUGACAUACUGCUUUCGGCCCCAACGAUGAACUUUAGUGUAUGGUGGCGUCAAGUUAUGCUUUCAGAGCAGUCCCAAACCCAUAUUCUCCAGAUCGUGUGUCUCUUGUGGAGAAUAUGGAAAUCAAGAAAUAAAGUGGUAUUUGAAAAUACCCAGCCUCAUGUACGUUCGCUUGCCCGCCAAUUCUCCUUUCAAGUCCGUGAAGUGCUCUCUUCCUGUCUUCCUGCCCCGCCUGCUCAGCCUCGUGUGACUGCCUCUCCAUGCCAGCCCUGGGAAUGCCCUCCUGAAGAUGUUCUGAAGAUCAACUUUGAUGCUGCUGUUCAUGCCUCUGGUUGCUCGUCUGGCCUUGUGGUUCGUGGCUCGGACGGUCAUGUUCUGCUUGCCUCAGGUUUCCAGCAUCCAGGGAUUUCAGACCCGUACCUUGCAGAGCUCCUUGCAGCAAGGGAUGCAAUCUCUCUUGCAGCGUCUAGAAAUCUGCCUCGUGUCAUCAUUGAGGGAGAUGCGGCUGUGGUCAUCCGUCAGCUUAGCCUUGGUGCAGUGGAGGAUUCCGUGGGUGGCCCCAUUCUUAGAGAUUGUAGGAGUUUCCUUGGAUCUUUGUCUCUUUGUAUAGAAUUUAGGGCGGUUCCGCGGACUGCCAACUGGGCUGCCCAUAGAGUGGCGCGUAAAGCCCUGUUGCUGUCUCGGCUAGAGUUAGCUUCUUUUGACUUUGUAGGUUGGUUUGUUAGCGGGGUGGGGAGGGCGUUUGGGUAGUGUUCGUUCUAACUUUCUUUCUGAUAUUACUCGGGCAAAAAAAAAAAUCCCAUGUCCCAGCGCGGAGCGCGGGUAAUGAAAACUAGUAUCUAUUAAAGGAAUUGGUUUAAGCGUAUGAAUGAUUAUUAUCAUUGUUGGGUGGUAUUUCGUGUGCACAUAUAUAUUCAAGGAAUCGGUUAAACUUAUGAAUAAUUAUUAUCAUUGUUGGGACUUGGGCGGCAUAGGUUUUUUAAUACAAAUGGAACUUGUACCAUUAUGAGAUUUGUAUCGAGUCUAGUUAAAGGUAAAAGUUCAGUUUGUACUAUAAAUAAUUUUGUAAUUUUAUG